UAUGACGUCAAUGGUUUUAAACCUCUGCGACCGCGCGCAGGGUUAAUGAAUUAGCUAAACAUUUUAAGAUUGGUUGUCACCUUACUAGUUUAAGACAUAUAUUUUAGCCCUCGAUUUUCUCUGUGUUCUUUCAGGCUUGCGAUUUUAUCUGAAAGACUGAUUUCUGAUAAGAUGGACAUCCAGAUCAAUCACCAAAUCAUUCAAGACGCACUUUACAUGUUCAUUCAGUCCUAUAUACCUCAAGCAGACCUCAGUUCUCUAGAUGAUGUGAUUUUGUCGUACAUCACUGGGGUGCUAGAAGAUUUGGGAUCCCAAGAAAGUGUGGAGGAAAACUUUGAUGUGGAGGUGUUUGUUGAAAUGCUGGAAGCCUACAUUCCUGGUUUUUCUGAUAUUGACAGUGUUAAAGUUUGCGAGAUGAUGUUUAAUCUGGCAUCCAAAUUGGCUUCGGCACGGGAUGCAGAAUCUGAGGAGGUUAAAACAGAAGAGAAUACAUUUCCUUUGUCAGAAAGAUCGGCCAUUAUCCAGGAACACUCAAGAGAAAAGAUCCACAGCCUCCCAUCACAAGCAGAGGGAGCCACAGCACCAGAGGCGACUAAAUCUGUUUGGGAUAACCAGGAGCAGCAUCUUCUUGAGAUGUUUCCCAAAUGUAGUGUGACUGAGGCCAGAAGUGCGUUGUCCAUUGCUAAAGGAGUUAUGGAAGAAGCUGUUCGCCUUAUUAUUGAGGGAGAUGUCCAGCUUAAGUGUCCUCCCUCUCUCGACGGAAACCAAGGGAAGGCUGUAUCAGCUGAAGUUGAUCAGAAACUUAAAGCAAGCAUUUUAGAAAAGUACAUGCUGGUUGACAGUGAAGAAGAUAAAAAAGUACACAGACCAGUCACUCCAAAGGAUGCCCCUAAGAAACUGGUGCGCUACCAUGGAAGUCAAGUGGUCACCACAAAAGGGGAACGCUACCAUCUAGUCAAGAAAGAAGGAACUGACGAUAUGAAGAAGACCUACGUCAGUCUCAAACCAGCACGCAAAUAUCGUUUUCAUUGAUGAUAAGCAUCUUGUUGAUGGACCAUUCAGAUGAUCUUUUAGUAAAUCCUUUUGUCUUUACCUAUGACUGGAAACAACUGGUUUGGUUUUUAUUUAAUUGUACCUUGUUCAAAAUGCGUGUUCAUUUAUUUAAGUGGUGCUCGAGUUUUUGUUUACUUGAGAGUUUGAUGGAUUGGAAUUGAUUUUGCUGUGUAUUGUGUAUAACUCCAGCAGGUUGUGGGUUACUGUAUUUUUUUACUAAAAACAUUGCAAUAUACUUAAAGUGAAAGUUUAACUAAAAAAUAAAAAUCACAUAAUUUAUUUACCCCCAUGUUGUUCAAAAUCUGUAUAUGACUAUCUUCAGUCAAACACAGAAGAAGGUAUUUGCAGAAAUGUUUCAGUGGUUUUGUGUUGUGCAGAAGAAAGUCAUACUGGUUUGGAAUGACAUGGGGGUGAGUAAGAGAUGAAGGAUUUUUAAUUUUAGGUGAACUAUCCCUUUAAGAACACUGGAGUAUUUAUAUUUGACUGUUUUCUUUAAAUCAAACCUUGUUUGAAAAAGUAUCAUUACAGUCAGUGAAACAUGAAGCUAAGUGGUUGUUUUGUUCUAAAAUCAACUAAUUUAGCACAUUUUCAGUGGCAGGAAAACAGAUGAACAUCAGUAUUUAUAUUUUGCAUCCUAUCUUUAUUUUCAUAUGCAGAAAUAAAACACUCCAUAUAUGUUCCUACCGAGAUUAUUGACUAGCAGGGUCUGUGACGGGGUUUCUGUUGAAGUUCAUAAACAACACUUGACAAAUGUGCAUAGAUCAAACGGCAUAUUUAAUUUCUCGGCUGGCUAUGCAGUUUUAGAAAAGGAUGUGGUUUGUGUUCACGAACAGCUGUAGAGUCAUAUCCAUAUUACACUGGUAUUUUAUGCAGAUAGUUUGUGCUUGGUGUACUCUGUUUACUUGUUGACCAUGUGGUGUAUUGCAUAGAGACUCAGUUUCAGCUGUCAACAUUACCAGUCACUUCCAGUACCACCAUGACCCUGAAACUAAUGUGCAGUGAUUAAAUUCAAAUAUAUUCACAUUAUUUUUGAAGGACUGAUUCAUGUUUCUAAAAGUAACCAGUAAAGUUUUAAUGUUUUAAGAAUACUUUGUCUCCACAGUUUUGUCUCUUCUGACAUUAAUAGUUUUCAAAAUAGUUUUGUUGUGGAUAAUUCAUUUUAAAGUUAAAGGGAUGCUCCACCUAAAAAGGAUUCUGUCAUAUUUACUCACCCUCAAGUUGUUCCAAAUCUGUAUUAAUAUCGUUGUUCUGAUGAACACAGAGAAAGCAACUGAC